AUGUCUUCUCAGCCCGAUCCUCGUCAAGAUGGUGACAGUGGUGGUGAUGGUGGCCGGAUCCUGCCCAUCCUGCGCUGGGGUACGCCCAUCUUACACCGCGAACUGCGGCCCGUGACAGCCUUCAACACUAAAGAGCUCGACACGCUCGUCGCCGACAUGUUCGCCACCAUGUACGCCGCCGGUGGAACAGGGUUGGCCGCGAACCAGAUCGGCGUGGAUUUGAGGGUAUUUGUGUACGAUAUGGAGGACGCGUGGGGCGCGCGACGCUGGGGCGCCGUGUGUAACCCCGUCAUCGAGCCUUCAUCUCAGAAGCCCGCUGGGGACGACGACGGCGUCAUCGACAGCGAACAAAACCACGAUGCAGGCCGAGUCGGUCCCGCUACGUCCCAUACCUAUGCAUAUCACCAAGCAAACGCGCCGCCGCGGACCCUGUCCAUGACCGAGGGCUGCCUCUCCUACCCUGGCAUCUCGGCUUCAGUAUCACGCCUCGGCGCCAUCACAAUCAACGGAGUCGACCAGCGCGGCGACGCCGUCAGGAUCCACGCCACAGGCCUGUUCAGCCACGUUCUACAGCACGAGGUCGACCACUUGAACGGCAUUGUCUACGGCGACCGCGUCUCCCUGGGCCGGAGGGAGGAGAUGGACCGGAAGUACAGAGAUCUGGAAGCGAAAAGGGCAUAUCCGCACGACUGGCCCACGACUCAGACGGACCAUAAAUGGGGGGAUUGA